UAGCUAUGCUCAAUGCUCUAAAGGGAUCAUGGUGCAGCUCUUCUGCUGUGAAAAUUGAGUGCCUGAAACAUUUAAAACUUGUUAAAAGCAAAAUUAUUUCAAUGUGUUUGAUUGUCUCUCUGAUUAGUAUCUGACCAUAGAGAGGAUGUGUGAUUAGGACACAGCUUCCUUCCUAUACCAGCCUGCACAAAUGACAUCUCAGUGGGGACUGUAUGGGAGCAGUAAUUCCUCCUGUCCAGAAGACCUGGAAGGAGAUUUUCCUCCUUGCAGAGCAAUCUCUUGCAGCAGUUUCUCUCUGGGUAGCCUCAGAUCAUUGGUGUGGUUAGUGGUAUAGAUGUAAAAUGAGGGAGUCAUUGUAUCAUUGAAGUGGCCAGCCAGCACCUCCAGUUUAUCUUUGCAAUCAGCAAAAUCACAGCUCACAUGCUGAAAGGCACAUGCUGUAACUUGGUCCCCGCAGGAGGAAAGAAAUUGAUCUGUAUCCAGACAAUGCAGGGACUGCAUAUUGUGCAGACACAAAUUCAAAUUUCAUUCUUCCAUUUCAUCAUCUGUGGCUUUAAGUGGGAGCUGGGAUCACAGAUGCCUUAAAACUUCCAUACUGCACAUCCAGUUGCAACACUGGGUAUAUAAACAACUUUUAAACCCUCUUUAGCUCUUACUCAGGCCGUGACACCCACUGCAGGAGAGAUGGCAUUGGGACAUUCCAUGGUGUGGGUCUCUUGCUAAAAAGAGUCAUAUGAAGAAAGUACAAGUCUAAAAAGAAACCAGGUCACCGAAUUCAACAUAUUCAGGUUAAAGAGCAAAUGCUUGGGAGUACAGAGUGAUGACAGGCUCUGAGAAACUACUUUGGUAGUUAUUUCAAUGAGACAUGAAACAGAGAGUGAAUGACUGAGUGAAGCAAUAAAGAAAUGCUACCACAAUGGGUAUGAUCUGACUACAGGAUCAAAAACACAGGAAUUAUGUCAGCAACUGCAUAUUUAGCUCUGCUCGUAUCUUUGUCUCAUGUGUGCAACACUUCUGACAUGGAAAUUCACUUGUCCUCUACUGUAGAAUCAAAGUUCUAGCAGUAAAUACUGCUAGAACUUUGUAAACAAUUCAGCAGAAUUUUGUUUCAGUAGACCAUUGACUUCAGAAGGCAGUUAUUUGGAAAUGUUUUGAAAUAUUUUGUCUUCUUUGAGGUGAUAUACUUAAUUUUUAAAAAAUUUACAUCCACUUUAGCAUUAUAUGAUCUUAAGCCCUUAAAUAAGGGAUUGUGAUUUACAUUACACAUUCUUUCUUGGGAUUUCAGGAACAAAUGUAUUUUCUGGUCUAUAAAAUAAUUUCUUUUGGGUUGAAAAGGUAAAAAAGUGAGAUUUAAAGUGCCUGGCAUCUUCACUCAAUACACCCUUGGCAAUACAAGGAAUUGUGUUAUUGUGUUCAUCACUGUUAGGUUUCAUUACUUCUGGCAUAACCUGGGGAGAUGCUUUUACCAGAAAUGGUUCUUACACCUUUUUAAUAUAAGUAGUCAAAAGGGAAUAGUAAGAAACAGACCAAAUACAGCAUAAUCGAGAAAAAGCUUCUUCUUAAAUUGAAAACCCCAUGAUUUCAAUAAACCAGAUUUUCCUUCAGAAUGCCUUUAGCUAUCCCAGAAGCAUUCUGAUGAAAAAUUAAGAUUGAUAAUUGGAAAAAGCUGGUCCUUUGUCUUAUGAUUUCUAUUCCUUUUCCUGUCUAAGCCUCUGUGAGAUCUUAGACCAUGGAAUGACAUUACUCACAGUCUACUUUGUCUGUCCAAAGCUGGGAAACCUAGCCUGACUGAUAAACUGAGACUACAAAAAAUGAUAAAAACAUAAACAAGCAUAUGAUAACUCAGCUGUGCAUCUUGGUGCAUUUUAUAAAUGAGCAUUUUUGAAUUUCAAACUGAAAAUUUGUAAUUUACAACUUUGGUUUAUCAACAUUUUCUCCAAUAGAAUAAAAUCUGUUUAAGCAGCUUCUCUGAAGUCAGUGAUUAUCAACAGGAGGAUGCACUUACUGCUUUUCAUGCUUCUUUCUGGAACUCAGGCCUGCUAUGAGCUCAGCUGGUUCUAAGAAGUGAUGCUGCAAUGAAGCAGAGGAGUGCUCUGACUAUGACUGUGCUCCUCCUUCAGAAAUUCCAUGUUUAGUCUGACAAGAAACAGCAUUUGAAUCUUUACCCGGACCUGCAAACUGUUUCCCAUCAGGUUUUUUUUUCAUCCUGACUUCAUUUUCAAGAUAAGUAUCGAGUGCAUUGGUGGAAGAAAAGCGAUGGGUUGUGAUACCUGCCAAACACAGUCACACCUGGGGCUGGAGGCGAGCCCUAGGCACUGACUGUGCAGGCUCCUUCCCAAGUGCUCUCUUUACAAUGCCACCCAUUUAAUCUCUGAGCCAUAGCUGCUCCAGUGGGGGGAAAAAACGCUGUAGAAGGCCUUUAGGAGGGCUCUGUCUUCCCUGACUGGCUUGACAGGGUGACCGAGUGAUAAAAACAUUGAUGGAUGCUGCUCAGUGUGAGAUGGAUAUCAGUCACUGGCACCUCAGAAUGUGAGGGGAAGGCUGCAUCUGGCAAGGGGAUAAUGGAAGCAGAUGGGAGUGAGAUAAAAAGGGAACAAAAAUGAUCAAAGGGGAAGGAAGUGAGGGGAAUUACAAAAUAUAAUGCUGAAGAGAAUUAUAAAGACAACAAGGGAUGGGAAUAAGAGAAAUCUAGAAAAGUUGAACAAAGAAAGAGGAAGAAAUAGGGAGAACAAAAAACUAAAUACAGAAAUACCAAAACCAGCAAAAAUGUUUAACAAGAAGUGAAAAGCUAUACGCAAACAAAAGAAGGACAUUUUGAUAGAAUUAAUGAUGAAAAAAUAUAUAUUGACAAUGUAGGAUGGUCAUGAUGAGAAAAUUAAAUAGGUAACAUAAACAACUCGAAGGUAAAUAGAUAGUUUACAUUUUUUAGUCCAAAAGAAUAAUGAAGAGACUAAAAUUUCAGCUGAUAGCUAAGUUUUUAAAAUUAGAUUAGAUUGAUCUAAAUUUAACUGAAGGAGCAUGAAAUCAGGAUGGAAGACCAUAGGUGUGCAUGCUGCCUUUCUUUUAGAAUUAAAAAAGAUGACAUACUGUGUCACAUCAGAAGAAACUUGUGGAUUCUGGAACAACUCAGACAAUGGCUUAGCUUUCCCUACCUUUAAAUAUUUUCUUUCCUUAAUUACUGGUGGCAGAAAACUAACAUGUGGUGAGAUUUGAAAAACCACAAUUGCCAUAUUAGCUAAGCGAGACCAGAUUUCCUUUCAGAGUUCUAACAUAUGAACCAAAACCAGCUGACACACAGAUUAACAAAUAGUUGUGUUGAAAGGAACAAACUCUUUCCACUUGCCACAGUGUGAAGGUGAAGCACAAAGCACCUGUGGAGUAGGCUGGCUAGUUGAAAGAAACUGUGUUGAAAAGGUAAGUUGGACUACCUUGGUGCCUUGUGGUAAAUUUGGAAUUCACCAAACAGUGAAUGCUUCACCUUCUGAAAGAUUGUUAUUUGAGCUGGAUAUUGAAUAUAUUGCAGACUAAAAGCACAAGAUACAUUUAAAUAAGAAAGCACCUGAUUAUGGAACAAGGUGAACAACAGUUUUUGUAAAGGAUCGGCCUCUGCUUUAUCUUUAAUUAAGCAUUAAAAAUCUGAUGUAUAUUUUGAUGGCUCUCAUUCCAUGAAAAUAUGUUGAUAAUAUUCAGUUUUUUCACAGGCUGAUCUUGGUAAUCCAAAGGUAAGUUGUUGUCUCAGAGAGACGUUGGAAGCUGUUACUAGAAGUGCUUGUCUGAAUAUGUAUUACAAUCAUGAUGGACUUGGUGAUUUGGAGUCACAGACGGUUUUGUAAUGGAGAGGGAUUUUCUACUUCUGUUACUCGUUAUCUGCUGGUUAAAUGACUGCCAUGUGUUACAUUUGUCUUUGUGCAAUGAAGACAGUGCACAAAGAUUGCUCAGCUCCGUCUCUUCGCUCCCUAAGUUAUGAGAAAGAAACACUAGAAAUGCUUCAAUGAAAUAUCCCACAAUGACAUGUCAGCAUGAAUUUGCUGCUUUUAACAGGAUUUGAGCCCUUGUUUCAAACUGCCAGAGACUGUGAACAGGAAUCUGUGGUUUUCUUCAGACCGUGUUUACAGAAAUUGAGUUCUCUGUAAACAGAUCGAGGCUGCUACAUGUAGCUAUGUUACUACAAAGAGUACACACGCCUCAGUUUAUCAGGAGUAAAUGUACGGCGCCUUGCAGCACUUGAGGGACAGGAGAUUUCAAAAUGAAGCUUGUGUUUACUUUCUAAGAAAGUCCAGAAAGUUCCUUCCAAGCCUCAUCUCAAGUUAAUUAGAAGAUUUCCAUUAUUACAAUUUGAUGUGCAAAUAACAAGUUGGCAAACAAGCACAAAAAUUCAGUUAGAAGUCAAAGCCCCUUUCAGGAAAGGUUCAAAGAUGGCUUAAAAACAUGUGAAGUUUUAAUGAUGAAAAUUGUUAUGAAUUAUAGAAGUAUAACUAAAGAGUGAAGAGUACUUCUCUAUUGUGAUUUAAGGAUGUCUUGAAAGAUUCACAAGGACUUCUGUAUUCACCACUUGCCUCUGCACUGAAACUCCCACAUCUUCUUUCCUCCUUGUUACUGGACUUUAUAAAACCAUUUUCAAGGACUUAACUAUGUUAAUUAUGUGAUUUAAUCACAACCUGCUCCAGAUCUGUGAUGACAGGGAGUGAUUUAGUCCAAACAGUGAUAAGGAGGCAAAAUUAAUUUUAUAGUGACCCUGCUGAAGUUAUUUGAAUCAUAGAUAGAUUUCACACUUUUUUUUGCUUUGUAUGCAUCAAACAGUGAAGAUUAGUGUUCAGUAAUAACAAUCAAAACAUGCUUUCACCACAUAUGCAUGCACAUUUCAGUAAAACAGGACUGUCAUUUCAGGGAUUUCAGGUAUCUCUGUACAUGUUACAUCUCUACACAUGUUGCUCCAUGCACACAUGUAUUUGGUAAUAGCUAAAGCCUUGGAUCCUGUGAAAAUGAGUAAUUGAGAAAAUGAUAUGUACCUGCUUAGAUGAUUAUGAGCCAUUACAACAUGGUGCUUUAAAUGUAGUACUUCUCUUUUUGACACCAGAGAGUAUUUUUGUUUCAUUCACUGGGUGUGGUCAGUGGAAAGAAGCACCAAACUGAAGCUGGUUAGGGAGCCACUGCUCCUGCGCUAUGUCUGUUUAGGAAAAAAGUGAUUGAGCAGAACAUCUGUCAUCCUGCAUUUCUUUAGGUCCAGGGUUCUAUUAAUUUAAUCAUAGCUUAGAAUCUUACAAGACUGCCUAGAUUCAUGCCUUUUUACCUUUUUUUUAUUUUUUUUCCUCCUUCCUGCUAAUGCAAAUAUCAAAGUAGUGUUCAAACCCAGGUCUAGAAAAAAAACAUUUCUAGGUUUUAAAAUUCAGGAAUCAUGAAAUUAAAUUAAAAUUAGUUCCAACUAAUUUUGGCAACAGACUUGAACAGCAUGAAAAUGAACAGCAAAUGCUUGUGCCAAACAGGCAAAUGCAGCCACAUUUUACAAAUCUACCUGCAUUUGCAUAUUUUGUGGUAGCAGAUCUGGACAAACAGUUGGGUUGUGUGCACCUUGACAUGUAACAGAUUUUUUUUUUCUUCUAAAACAACUGCUAAUCAAUUUGGUAAUUAUUACUUGUCUCAUUUCACAGUUUUACUCUAAGCAGUCUUGUUGAUUUAAAUUAUUGAUCUUGAAACUACUCAUCUGCAUGACAUUAAGUGCACCCUUUGCAAAACCAGGUCAUCAUUCAGGACAUUUCUGAGCACAAUGACAAUUAACAUCCUGCUUAUUAUGAUUCUGAUUCUAGCUUGAUCACUUUAAAAAUAAUAUCAUUAAUUACAUAGGUAGGCUAAUAAGUAAAUUAAUAACAUAUUCGCCUCCAGCUUGAAUUUUUUCAGCACAGCAACAUUUUCCUUUACACAAAAAACCAGGUUAUUACUGUUGCUUGUGAGGAGGAAGUGGUGGUUAUUUUCAAUUUAUCUCUGUACCUUUAACAAAUGCUGUUAUUUCUUGUUUUCUAAAUUAGAGUGUGCACUUGUUGAGGCUGAUGGUAAAUGUGCUUGAGGCAGUCAAAAGAAUCACACAUCCUCUUUCACCUGGCCAUUAGACGAUUCUCAAAUUGGAAAUACUUGGGAAAAUAUUUUGAGGUCCUUCUCAACAUAUUUUUCUGAGAAGUGUACUGCCAAAAUGAAUUUUACAGACCUUCGUACCACAGAUUACCCCUAUUAUUCAGACUAUGCGUCUCUGAUCACACCACCUUGUUCUAAGCUGGAAGUCAGGAACUUCACAAAAGCAUUUCUGCCAAUUGCAUACUCAUUGAUUUGUAUCAUCGGCCUCUUUGGCAACAUCUUUGUGGUGAUGACCUUUGCUUUAUAUGAAAGAGCCAAGUCCAUGACGGAUGUGUACCUCUUCAACAUGGCCAUAGCAGACAUACUGUUUGUUCUUACUCUUCCCCUGUGGGCAGUGAAUUACGCUGCUGAUGAAUGGCUUUUUGGUGAUUUCAUUUGCAAAAUGACUAGAGGUAUCUAUGCAAUCAACUUCAGCUGUGGCAUGCUGCUUUUGGCCUUUAUCAGCGUGGACCGGUACAUUGCUAUCGUACAGGCAACAAAGUCCUUUAAACUCAGGGCAAGGACUCUUGCACAUAGUAAACUCAUUUGUUUGGCAGUGUGGAUAUCAUCAAUUUUAAUCUCUAGUCCGUCUUUUCUGUACAAUGAAAGUUACAGCUUCUCCAUGAAUGAAACCAAAGAGAUUUGUGAUCACAGAUCUGCCAGAAUGUCUGAAAGCACAACGCUGAAAUCGCUGCUGCUAUGGCUACAAGUUGCAUUUGGAUUUUUUAUACCUUUCAUAUUCAUGCUUUUUUGCUACGCCUUCAUUGUCAAAUCCUUACAACAAGCUCAGAAUUCCAAAAGAAACAAAGCAAUUCGUGUGAUUGUAUUAAUUGUAGCUGUUUUCCUAGCUUGCCAAGUACCUUAUAACAUUGUUCUUCUCAUAACAGCUGUCAACAUGGGCAAGAUUGACAAAUCUUGUGACAGUGACAAGAUAAUGGCUUACGCAAAAUACAUCACUGAAGCCAUAGCAUUUUUACACUGCUGUGUGAACCCUGUGCUCUAUGCAUUUAUUGGAGUGAAGUUCAGAAGUUAUUUCGUGAAGCUAAUGAAGGACCUAUGGUGCAAGAGACACAAGAAAGACAAUAAACGUAAUUCAAGGACAAACUCUGAUACUUAUCAUUCAAGACAGACUAGUGAAAUUCUGACUGACAAUGGAUCAUCUUUUACUAUAUAAUACAAUUUGAACAACAUUAGGACUAAAGGAGUCUUCUCACCAUGGAACCCAAACCAAUGUCACUGUGCAUGUGACAGCAAGUCAUCUGAGCUUCUCUGUGCCUCUAAAUGAGAUCCACUGAUCUACACCAUUCUUUCAGGAAAUUAAUUUAGAUAAAGGAAUAAUACUCUUCUGUGUAAAACUAAAGAUAUUCACUUCUCUUAAUGCUCUUCUAAACUACAUCCUCUAGAAAUUAUAAAGAAAGUGAAAUUUAAAGAGGAACCCCUGUCAUUGUGUAAGGAAAAAUUGCAUCUCAUCCAUCCCACAACAUUGAAAUAUCCCCAAAAUAAUAAGUAAAUGAAUAAGGUUAUGUCUAGGCUUUUUCUUACAUUUAUGUUGUUUCUGUUAAUUACUUCUGCCUGGAAAUCCUAGUGAAGUGUAGCUCUCCACUGUGCUUAUAUUGCAGACAGGUCACAUUGUGACAAUACUAACCCAAAGAGAUGGCAUUUGAGCAAAGCAUGACAAGGAAUGCAAACUGCAAAAUGAAAACAAACAGGCUCAGGACUGCUGACAUAGCUGAGUGCUUGGUCUUAUAAAUCUUUGACCAAUGCUAUUCUGAGCAGAGAGUGAAACUUUGCUAGAGUUUCCUCUCAUUGUUUGGCGCAGGAUUCAGAUGCUGGAAUCCAACAAAGCCGAUAACAUGAUGAAUAUAUCUGUGAAAAGUUGCCUCUUUCUAGCUGAAAUACACACUCUGUUUUUUAAAAGGCAACUAACUGGAUUAAACUGCAAUUAUUCCAACACAAUUUGUUGGCAUGUGAUAGGUGACAAAAUAUGAAGCAUUUCUUUGUAUUUAGCUACUGCUAGCAAAGAUUCCUUAGGAAUGCAUUUACCAGCUCAAAUAUGCACAUAUAUAGUUUCAGAAAUUAGUUAGAAGUUAUUGUCUAAAAAAAGAGCAGAAUCUGAUGUAAUUCAGCCAAAAUUUUUACUGAGGUGGUAUUUGACUCACUAUGAAUAUAGGAAUAUUUAUAAUAAAUGCAAUUUGUUUUACUCAGCCUGACUCUUCAGCAAAUCCUCAGUGGAUUUUCUGCUUAUUGAGUGAGUUUUACCACUGUUGCAAUCACUGUGGGACAGUGAGAUAGACAGAAGCAGGAGAUGAAGAUCCCUUGAGGAGAUCAUUAAUAGGGCACAUGAAACUAGUACUGCCUUGGCUGAUACAAUCUGUCCUUGUUUCCACUCCAGUGUCAGGUUUUUAAAUAUCAGUACCAGAUAUGAUAAAGAUUGCAUAUAUUUAUCAUAACUGAAUAGCAAUUUUGCAAGAAUAUGAUAGAAAAUUAUGUAAAUACAGAUGCAUGCAUUUGCUGUACAUAGCAAUGAUGAUUUUCUGGAAGAGAAGUCAGCAAAUAAAAGUUGUAACUGAAAAGGAA